UGAUCUGCUCGGCCUUGAAAGAAGCUACCUGAAAUUUCUGGGAAGCCUCUGGGAAUCCUCAGUCUAAGACCCAUACACAAUAUAAACAGAGUUUUGACUUCCCUAAUUCGUCAGAAGGUGCUGACCUUAGCCACUCUAAGAAAAAGGGCAGAAAAAGCAGCUUGUCUACCAAAAGAGCAUUUGAAAUCGUACAUGAAAGACUAAAAUGUGUUAAAAAGCUUGCAGGAAAAAAACCCUACACUUCUAGAUUAAAAAUUAGAUUUUUAUUUCAAUGAGAAUAUCUUAUUUAACAUUAUCCUUCACAUAAAUGACAGAAUAUACAGCAUUGCUUUAUAAACACCCAAGGUUCCUUUUUAGGCUUCAAGAAACUAACUUCCCUUGAACUUUCCUUGUCUACAGAAACGUAGCUAUUCUCAUAAGUGAGAUUGUGGUGGGUUUUAGCUGCCCAUCAGCUAAAUAAAAGAAAUAGCUUGCUUUGCCCCUCCUUUCUUCCCUCUCUGGCAGCCACCACCCGCACUUAUGAGGAAGAUCCCACAAUUUACACCUUCUGAGGUGCAACUCCUUCUGAUGGCACCCGCAGCAGAGCUCAGUAGCAGGGGGCUAACGAGGAGCAACACCAGGCUUUGCUGCUGGUGGGGGCAGGGGGCGGAAUAAAAGGCUGUGCUGUUUAUUUCUAGUUCUGCCAGCUGGUGCGGUUGGUAGGGAACAAAGCUGUGCCGUUAACCUGCUCCUGUUAAUGAUUGACGAGGAAGUGCAAGCAGGGCUCCUGGCUGGUGCUCCCGGGCACCACUGCCCUGCUGAUUGGCCUCCAAGGAGUUUUUAAAAACUGGGCGCCAAAUCUUUAGCCUUUGUCCUGGACAUGCCAGCCAGCCUAGAGAGAUCCAGGGGAAAAAAGGGAACAAGCUUCCCUGAGCAAUUGCUCUGUCCUGUGAUGCUUUUUCCCCUGCUUUGCUGGGCUGAAAUCUACCUGCUGCUGCUCUGUGAGGGCUGCCAGCUGGACAAGCCUGCGAUGGGAUUGAUGGAACCUGUGAAAUCUGAUGGCAUUAUUGAAGCAGCCCUUGGUGGAGAGGCAAAUUUCUCUUGCAACUUCUUACUCUCAAUGGAAGUGUUACAAGUCACCUGGCAGAAGAGAAUGGGGUCUUCCUUCCAGAACAUAGCCACCUACAGCCCAAAGCACGGGCUGAGGCUGACAGAGCCAUUUCAGAAGAAGGCACGUUUCAUUACAGCAGCUGUGAAGGCCUCUGCUAUCACACUCCAAAAUCUCACAUUUGAGGAUGAGUCCUAUUACAGAUGCAUUUUCAGUGUGUUCCCUCAUGGCUCCUUCAGCAAAGAGAUAUGCCUCAACAUCCAAACAAUUUCUGAGCUAACAGUGGAAUAUGAUUUACACCUGCCCACCGAGGGUCUCUCCACUGCAGUCUGCUCAGCGACAGGAAAGCCUGCCCCCAGCAUCACCUGGCUGAAUGAGAGAGACCUGGAUGGGUCCCCUGAAAUACACCAUGUCCAAAACUCAAACGGAACAGUAACGGUGGCAAACAGACUCACCUUCUCUUCCAACCACCUCCGUGCCUUGGCCUGCCUCCUUGAGCACCCACAGGGAAGGAAAAUGAAGGCAGUUUACCUGGAAAAAAGAAGGGAAGGUGCUGAGACGAGCACAAUCGUCAUGGCAGUCUUAAUAGCUGUGCUGUUCUUGGCAAUCUUGAUAUAUGGUGUCAUGAGACUAAUCAAGACUGAAAGGAAAAAACUGAACGUACGUAAUGUUUCCAGAACACCAAAAAAUGAGAAGGGCUUACACCAAGACCUAAGCAAUCAAGCAAUGAGCCUGCGCACACUGAAGGACCAGAAUGUUGCUUAUCAAAGUGAGGAGCAGGCGCCAGGCUCCUCAGUUCACAAAAUGCUGCAAGGUCUGAGGAGAAACCCGAGAGAGAAAAAAAGUUGCAGACGCUUGUUUUCAGAGGAAGCAGAGAACCUGAACACCAGCAUCCACGUCAUGGUUGGGAGCGGACUCAUUGAGGACGUCAAGGAGCCCGGCUACAUGCCUGUGAAGGUGGACAGAGAGGCAACAGCAUGUGGGGCAGUCCAAAGAACACCCCGUGCCAGCUGCUCCUCAGCCCAGCGCAGGAAGGAGUGACAUUAGCCUGUUAAAAGCCCACUUCCAUGAGCCCAGAGGGGCCCAAGGGCAGGUGGGCACCCCACACUAAGGACUGGAAGGAAGGUGCACCUUGCCCCAGCCCCUUCCAGGGAUGAUCCAGGAGAUCCUCAGCCCCAGAGCUGGGUGUGAAAUCCAUCCAGAGGAGCCAACACUGGAGUCCCUUUCAAACUGCGGGGCGUCACUGCCUAAAAGGGCACCGACACAUGAUGGGAUGUAAGGGAAAAGCUUCUUUGGGUUGUGCAGGACUUAUUACAGGAUGCUUAGGAGAGGAACCAAAGGUGAGAAGGGGAGGAACUGAGGGGAUCUAGGGAUGCAAAAGCCUGGGAACAUGGAGGGAUAAAGGGCUUAAAGGGUCUGGUUGCAUGCCCAGCACCUUGU